GAAGGACUUCACCCGAUCACAGAUGCGGUUGGGGGCUGGCGUUGGCUAGCGUGUCUGCUAUCCAAAAAAAUGCCAACGGAAGGAGUGACGUCACCAGAUGGCGGUAGAAUACAUCUUGUUUCUUUUUGGUAUGACCAGGAAGCGGCUGCUGUGGUGUCCAUUCUUUUGGGUCUGUUCCAGUUGAUCCUGUCUGUCCCACUCGGCUUCACUCACCUAAAUCUCCCAUAUAUAUUCAUCGUGCCUCUUGUGUCUGGAAUUCUUAUUGUGGUCGGUGGAUCGUUCAUCAUGGCAAAUGAAAGAAAUCCUAGCAGACUACUGCUUCAAGGUUCGGCCUGCAGUAACUUAGUUGGCCUGCUGAGUGCACUGAUUUCCUUCUGCCUCUACUGCUACAGCCUCAGCAUUAAAGACAACCAUGAACCUUGUUCAUUAUUGCCCGAGGAUGAUUAUUAUUAUCAACUCAGAGAGUGUCCUUUUAUAACCCUGCUGGCAUAUUCCUGGAGUGUGACAGUGAUGCUGCUGCUCUACAACUUUGGUGCCAUGGUCCUGCACAUCGUCUUCUCAGUUUUUUCUCUCAAAGCCCUCAAAACUGAGUGAUUGUGGAUACUCAGCAGUAGCUCCUUUCACACUGCCUGCAAAAGAUGGACUUUGCCUGUGGACGGACACCAACUGUGUGUCAGUCAGCAUAUUCCGCUGUGCUGGGGUGGACGUGUGACAUCAGAAGUGCUAGGAGUGUAACGGUACGUCAUAAUGACGGUUAGGUACGUACUUUUUUUUACAGUCACGGCUGGGUUCAUUUUGUGUACAAAAAUGCCAAACUGUUCAGCUUUUGUGUACAGCUUUAAAGUAAGCAAAACAAACUGCAAAUGAAAGUAUUUCUUCAAUUAAUACCAUUUGUAAAUUAUUUUUUAAAGAAAUACAAUAGUUUAUAGUGUUUCUUAUAUUUUUUAUUUUAUUUUGAGUUCAUUUGACUUCCUUAAUGGCUGAAGUGCAGCAUUAAUAGUUCCAGCUUGUUGGCUCCGUUCUCCAUCCUUACAGAAUAAUAACAACACUGCUUUCGUCCUAUCCACUUGUAUUUGUCACCAUGAAGGCCAAGUGUUCCCAACAUGGAGACUUAGGUGAGACGGAGGGUUUUCAAGCUCUGUCUUCUCCUCGGCACUAUCUCUAGCCAUGACUCCGACAUGCCUGCACUGAGUAUUUGUUUACUGUGUAUAGGCGCGACACAAUAAACACUUCUUUUUACUAGGGGUGCUUCAAAAAAGAAAUACACAUCUUGAUCGCAAUUCUUAUUUAUUCAAAUUCCGUAUCGAUUCCUAAUUUACAAAAAUAUAUUUUAAAAUAAAAAAUGUGUGACAAAAAAUAGAAUGAAUCGUGUUUCCUAUUUGGAACGAUUUAUAAUGUUUAGGUUUUUUUAAAUCUGUCCUAUGCAGCCACUAAGGCAAGUCAUUAUGUUGAUGUACAGUAGAUGCCCAUAUCUACUGUACAUGAUUACCUUAGAAUAGGGAAGUGUGGGAUAUUUCUCUUGUUGCCUUAUUUGAGUUAGACUUUAUUAAAUGUUUGUGUAGAAUUUUACUAAACAAAACCAGUUUUCUUUUAAGUCAUAUAGAAAUGUAUCACAGCUGUUUAUCUAUUUUCUGGAGGAAUGUAGUUAAUCAUAGAACUGGCACCCAAUGUUAUUAAAAAGUAUACAUUUUCCAUCGAUAAUUGUUUUGAAUCGAGAAUCGGAUCGUUACCCCCAAGAUAGAAUCGAAUUGUGUGGUGCCUAAAAUUCACAGCCCUAAUAAAUAAAUAAAUAUAUAUUAGAUAUAUAUAUAUAUAUGUAGUCGAGGUUACUGUGGUUUAUCCGUUAUACAGUGCUCAAUACCGGGGUAGAGCGGAAUUUACGUUAGGUCAGGAAAAAACAGAGGCUAUUUAAUCCCUACUACCCUGUUUAGCAGGUUUCCCUGCUCUUCAAAUGAUUUUAUCAGAAUCAGAAUAGUUUUAUUGCCAUUGUUUGAGAACGGGUUCACAAACUAGGAAUUUUUCUUGGUGCAAUCGUGCAACAUAAAACACAUAUAACACAUAUUUGGUAAUAAAAAGAGCUGUAACUGAGCUAUCAGAUCUUGUUAUAGACUUAGAAGGAAUUCAAGGAGCUACUGUUAGGAGUUAUUGUUCAUGUGCCUGAUGGCCGAGGGGAAAAAACUGUUCAGGUGGCGGGAGGUGUGGGUCUGGAUGGAGCGUAGUCUCCUGCCUGAGGGGAGAGGGGAUUAUUUAUAAAUAAUAUCACCUGAUUUUAUUAGCGAGUAAGCGCGGAAUGGCCUAAAAACAUGUCUUGAUAUAUAUAUACAGUAUAUAUACACAUACAGUACAGGCCAAAAGUUUGGACACACCUUCUCCUUCAAUGUGUUUUCUUUAUUUUCAUGACUAUUUACAAUGUAGAUUGUCACUGAAGGCAUCAAAACUAUGAAUGAACAUAUGUGGAGUUAUGUACUUAACAAAAAAAAGUGAUAUAACUGAAAACAGGUUUUAUAUUCUAAUUUCUUCAUAAUAGCCACCCUUUGCUCUAAUUACUGUUUUGCAAAUUACUGGCAUUCUCUCGAUGAGCUUCAAGAGGUAGUCACCUGAAAUGUGUUUUACCUCACAGGUGUCAUAGUUUUGAUGCCUUUAGUGACAAUCUACAAUGUGGUUACCCACAUAUGCGGUCCUCUCCAAGGUUUCUCAUAGUCAUUCACAUUGACGUCCCACUGGGGUGAGUUUUCCUUGCCUGUAUGUGGGCUCUGUACCGAGGAUGUCGUUGUGGCUUGUACAGCCCUUUGAGACACUUGUGAUUUAGGGCUAUAUAAAUAAACAUUGAUUGAUUGAAUGUAAAUAGUCAUGAAAACCGAUUGAAAUGAGAAGGUGUAUCCAAACUGUUGGCCUGUACUGUGCAUAUAUAUAUAUAUUUAUAUAUAUAUAUAUGUAUCAAGACAUUUUUUAGGCAAUUCCAUGCUUACUCGCUGCGCGUAAACGUCAUACAUCAUAGCAGCCAAGAGGAACUUUUAUAACCUGUUUUAAAAAGGUAUUAUUAUCAUUUUUGUACCAAAAAAAUCACUACAAAAAAGUGCUGUAUAUAAAUCCAUUCCAUAAUAUAUUGUGAAAAUCAGUUUGAAUCAAGAUGGAUUCGGAAUCAGGAAUGGAAUCUGACUCGAAUCGUCAACCCAAGAAUCGGAAUCGAAUCGCGACUUGCAAGAUUCACAUCCUUUUGUUGCUCACUUAUGAAUCUGUACACCUUUUUACCGUAUCGAAUGUAACAUACCGAAUUACGCCUACAUGUACCGUUACACCCCUACCUUAUACUCACCUCUCAUGUUGUAUUGUGUUUAA